AUGGCCGUCCCGACCCUUGAAGGCGCUCCUGUGCUCUCUACCCCCGAUACACACAUCUUCGAAGACCCGACACCCGCAGUAGACACGACCAAUCUUCCCAGACUAUCAGAUGAGCAGGUCGCACUCACGUACGAAAUCGAACGGACGGUUAGGGAAAUUAGGGAGGGACAAUGGAAAAGGAUCGCGCUGCAGUUUCCGGAUCACAUGCUCACGGAUGCACCGCGGGUAUAUGAACACCUGAGUCGAGGCCUAAAAAAAGAACGUAAAGGACAGAAUGGGAUACAAGACAGGAGUGGUCAAUCCAACGGGGCGACAACAGAAGAAGAGUUAAGCGCAAAACUUGAGAAAGCCAGUAUACAAGAAUCAGAGGAUAUUGAAGAAAGGCUGUUCAUCCUAGGCGAUACAUCAUAUGGUGCAUGCUGCGUGGACGAAGUCGCUGCAGAGCAUGUCGAUGCAGACGUUGUGGUGCACUAUGGCCGUUCAUGUCUCUCGCCUCCCUCCAGACUUCCAGUCAUAUACAUAUUCACAGAAAGACCACUAGACCUAGAAGCGGUAAUGGCAACAUUCAGAGAGACAUACGCAGACAAAGAGGCAAAGAUUAUACUCAUGGCAGAUAUCCCCUAUUCACACCACAUCCCUACCCUCUACAAAUGCCUCUGCGACGACGGCUACACACACGUACACGCAACGGAGAUUGUCCACAAUCCAUCUUCACCCCUACCAAACCGAACGAUACCAGCCACAGUAACGGAUACCGACGAAGGUCUCCGCGAAUACGCCUUAUUCCACAUAUCCGACCCGCCCGCCUCUCUCCUCCUUACCCUAUCCUCGCGCGUCGCUUCCAUUCACAUCUACCCCACGACAACCACCUCGCCCACACCCGCAACAGCCUCGCUCGCCAGCACCGCCCGUACCCUCAGCCGCCGCUACGCCCUCCUAACCUCACUCUCCACAACCCCCAUCUUCGGCAUCCUCAUCAACACCCUCUCCGUCAAAAACUACAUGCACAUCCUCUCGCACGUACAACAGCAAAUCGCGACUGCAGGCAAAAAGAGCUAUACGUUCGUCGUGGGCAAAGUCAACGCGGCAAAGGUGGCAAACUUCAGUGAAGUGGGCGGCUGGGUGGUGAUUGGAUGUUGGGAAAGUAGUUUGAUUGAAAGUAGUGAGUUUUGGCGGCCGAUGAUUACGCCGUGGGAACUCGGUUUGGCGCUUAAGAGAGAUGAGGAGAGGGUGUGGACGGGGGCUUGGGAGGCGGAUUUCCAAAAAGUUUUAGAUGGUGAGAAGGGGGAUGUGAAGGAAACGAAUGGUGGUGAUGGUGCUGCAGCGGGUACCGGAGCCGCUCAGGAACAUGAGCAAAACCAGGUCGAUGAUGACUCUGAAGAGGAAUCCGCUCCUCCGGAAUUCGACUUGAGGACUGGUCGCUACGUAUCGAACGCACGACCUAUGCGCUCGACUCAGUCGGCCAAGGUUACCAAUGGUCAGGCAGUACCGUCGUCUAGUUCUGCAUUAACAAAACGUGCCAAUGGCGAUAUAGCGGCAGUGGGUGGCGUAGCUUCACCAGGUGCCGAGUACCUACGCUCCAACAGGACAUGGCAGGGUCUGGGGAGCGACUACCAAAAUGGCGAAGAGGACGGUAGUGGCGAAGUGACAGGGGGUAGAGCGGCAAAGAUGGAAGAGGGGAGGAGUGGGAUUGCGAAGGGUUAUGUUGUUGGUGAAGAGGGGAGGAUACACUAG